AUGCCAAGGGUUCUAGUUGGGAUCGGAACUGACAUUGUAUAUUUACCAAGAUUUACUACUCUACUAAACAAGUAUGCAAUUAGGGAGGGUUCUCUUUACAGGGUCACACCAAGAUUUGAUAAGAUAACGAAUAAAUUCAUGCAUCCUAAAGAACGUAAUCAACUUGAUCUGAAAUUGGCAAAGGGACAAUUUAAAGAAGAGGAAAUAGUUAACUUUAUAGGAGGUGUAUGGGCUACUAAAGAAGCGGUGUUGAAGGCCAUGCAUUGUUAUAUUCCGUAUAAUCAAAUCCCACCUGCCCAAACAAUAUACACAAAUCUAUUUUUUAAGGAGAACACUACUAAUGGAGUACCUAGAAUCACUUUCGAUGACGGUUUUGCUAGUAGAAGUGCUCAAUGUUAUGCCUUUAACCAAAAAUAUAUAGAAAACAAGGCGGAAGCUCUUCUUUCAAUUUCACAUGAUAAAGAUUAUUUAGUUGCAUUCGUCAGCCUGAUGGACAAGAAGUCCUAA